AUGUUUAGUGUGCCUUCCACAAAUAGUGAUAUGCAAGAAGAUGAAGAUGUUCAAGAAGUAUAUAGUAGUGGGUUGCCUAAAAAACCUGUUUUAGGUAAAAGAAAGGGUACAAAUCCGGUGGAUAAUUACUUUGCUCCAAGAACUACUCCAGGAGCUCAACCUGGUCUUAAAAGUGUGUUCCAAAGUAAAGAAAGGGUGAGGCAAGCUGAUAUGGCUAUUGCAAGGUUUCUGUAUGACAAUUGCAUUCCUUUUAAUGUAGUGAAUUCAGUGUACUACCAAAAGAUGAUUGAUGCCGUAGUUGCUGCUGGUCCUGGCUACAAAGGUCCAUCUUAUCAUGUUGUACGAGUCCCUUUGUUGAUGGAUCAAAAGAAAGAGGUUCAGUUGUUGGUUGAGUCACAACGUAGGCAUUGGGCAGAAGUUGGAUGUACACUUAUGGCUGAUGGUUGGACAGAUAUUAGACAUAGGUCAUUGAUUAAUUUCUUUGUUUAUUGUCCUAGGGGAAUGGUAUUUGUAAAAUUAGUUGAUGCCUCAAAUAUUGUGAAGAGUACUAGAAACUUAUUUAAACUGUUUGAUGAAGUUGUUACAUGGGUUGGUCCAAAAAACAUAGUUCACAUGAUUACUGAUAAUGCUUCCAAUUAUGUAUCUGCUAGUAAAUUGUUGUGUGAAAAGUAUAAAACUAUUAGUUGGUCUCCUUGUGCAACACAUUGCCUAAAUCUUGUGUUGCAGGAUAUGGGAGACAUGCCUCAUGUGGAGAGACUUAAAAAACGUGCAUCCAAAGUUACAGUUUUUAUUUAUAAUCAUGUGGCUUUGAUUGCUUGGUUGAGGAAGAGACCUGGUUGGACAGAUAUUGUACGUGUAGGAGCAACAAAAUUUGCUACUACUUUCCUUUCAUUUGGAAGUCUUCAUGUGCAUAAGCAUGACUUGCAAGCCUUAGUGACUAGCAAGUUCUUUGUAGAAAAUAGAUUAGCAAGAGAGUCAAAGGCAAAAGAAGUAGUUUCUAUCAUUUUAGAUAAUUCUUUUUGGGAUGAUAUUAAUGUUCUUGUCAAGAUUUCAUCGCCACUCAUUCAUUUGUUACGGAUUGUUGAUUCUAAUCAAAGGCCUGCAAUGGGAUAUGUGUAUGAGGGCAUGCAUAGAGCACGGUUGGGAAUCAAGAAGAUCUUCCGAAUGAAGAAGCACUUGUACAAGCCAUCCACCUCAAUUAUAAAAAACCGUUGGGACAAACAUUUGCGUAAAGAUCUUCAUGCUGCUGCAUAUUGGUUAAAUCCCGCUUUUCAAUAUGAUGAGGAGAAUUUUUGUCAGAAACCAAUAGUACAUAUGGCUGUUUUGGACUACAUUGGGACAAAAUAUGAUGGUGACAAAGAAAAGGUAAUUAAGGAAACCCAAUAUUUUCGAGACCGUAUUGGGAGCUUUGAUAGAGAUCUUGCAUUGUCAACAAGCACAACCACUCAUUCAGAUGAAUGGUGGAAGUUGUGGGGUGCUGAUGCUCCAAACUUACAAAAAUUGGCAAUUAGAAUCUUUAAUUUUGAUCCCAUUGAUUAUGCAAGUAUCGACAAAACUGAUUUUUGGGUAUUUGUGGAAGAGGAAGACCCAUAUCUUAAUUAUGAAGAGUUGGAGAAUGCAAUUUAUGAAGAGGGUGCAUAUCUAGCAAGUGCAGCGCCUUCUUCUAAUAUUGAAGAAUCUAUAGAUGAUAGCAGUGAGGUUGAAGGAAUUGAUUUGGGAACAUUUGGACAACCUGUUGGCCCUCCUCUUGGAUUUCCAGGGAAUGAUGAUGAGCAUGAUAACUAUCAUGACAUUGAUGAUUUAUGA